UGUGAGCUAUGCUCGCCGAAUCAGGUUCAGUUUGAGCCAGACAAUCAAUGCGGUUGCAAGUGCCCGGGAAAUAUCAACAAUGAAGUACGCCAAUCUUCUGAUUAUCUGCGCCAGCUUAGUGCUCUCCCAACUGGAGAUGGGAGCAGCCAGGGCUACAGACCGGGGAAUCGACCCGUCUCUGUACUCCAAGGCUCGCAUUUGGAACUUGACCGAGGACAUAUUGAAUGAAAUGUGGCGCACCAAAUCGCCGUAUAUUGUCACAACGAGGAAAAAUUCCGGUGAGGUGAUCACUGAAACCUACGAGCUAAGCCCGAAUGGAAGAAAUAUCUUGCGGAGCACGGAAAUACGGCGCGAACGCAGAUACCCCGUAGCGGGACCACAGCACUCUAUACAAGCUCAAGAAAAUGCCGAUUUCGUAUCGAACCAGCUGCGCCAACUGGCCAGUGUCUUUAACAAUCCCUUCCUCAACCCAGUUGGAUUUGGGUUCCCCGACUUUAACAUCUUUAAAAACUUUAUCCCAUACGGACCCAAUCAGUUCAUCCCUCCGAUCCCCGGUGCACCUUGUAAUUGUCCCAGGUCCAACGAACCAAACCCGGAAUACAGCCCUCCUCGAGGAGAUCCCAUAUAUGCGCCAAACCGUGACUCGCUAUUCGUUCCAACCCGAGUAGAUCCCAGCUUAAAUGGACGUAAUCCGGAGUAUUUGCCCCCGAGUAGACCCGGUGAUAUUGAUCAAUGGAUGCCGAGUCCUGUCUCGACUCCUCGAACUUUGGUGCCCCGGCCCACGCUGGCACCCCCGAACUUCGACGAUUCGAAUCCCCUGUGGGUGCCUUCACCAGACCCAACCUCAACGGAGCGAACCCUGGUACCCCUGCCCACCUUGGCACCCAAGGCAAAUGAAACUGACACAGUCAUCGAUGACUUUUUGUCCAAGGUGGACAUCACCGUCGCGGACAUCAAGGAGGAUGGUGGAGAGUACGCCACAAAGAUCGUGGAUAAGCAAGGCCGAGUUCUGAAUGUUAAUUUUGCCUUGAGCAAUGAUAAAGAAGGCAGCACCAAUUAGAAGGCUCAAAAAACAAGGCGUACAUUAAAAAAGAUAAUGUACAAAAACAACAUUUCAAUUUGGUUUUGUAUUUGUAAGAAUCAUCAACUAAAUUUUAGAAUGUAUAUUUACGAAUUUCUAAAAUAAACAAUAGUUUCCGCCUCGAAUGGAAACAUUGGGUAAAUAA